AUGAAGGAUCACGACCAAGGCGGCGACUUCUUGAUGAAGGCGUUCUCACAACUCGAGUCGGAUUUGAAGAAGCUUUCCCCACAGGGCAUCAUAGAGCUGCUUCUGGGCAUGGUUCAUCGUGAUCCAGGCAUGAUGACUGCGCUCUCCAAGUAUCUCUCAGCUUAUUCGAUGACCAACUUUGAGCGAUCGCAUCCCUUGCGGCAGAUCUUUGCCUGCUUAUAUGAGGUUCAGCAGAAACAUGGCCCACAGACACUUUCGGAACUGCUCUGGGGAAGCAUAACCACUAUUGCCGAGGAAUUGGAAGCUAUUUAUGGGCGCAAGCAUCCUUAUGUGGCUCGAACAUGGGUCGAUCUGGCUACGUUUUAUAACCACGUCAGUCAAGAGCGAUUGGAGAAACUGGUGGGAGAACUCCGACUUUUGCAGCGGCAAAUGGAGCAGCAACUUGGCCCCGAAAGUGCCGAUGUUCUUGUAUUGCGCUAUACAAUCAUCCAGUUGAUGUUCGCCGCACGUCCUCAAUCCGACGCGACGAAACAAGCGACCAUCGACUUCUGGCAUCAUAUGAGAGGGAUGGGGCUUCUCUUCCCUGUCCGCAGCCAGCAACCAAACGUUUUCUGCUACCACAGUCCUGUGAAGGUAGAUCCGUGGACCAAGCGAUGUCGGCGUCGGUACGAGUCUGGUGUUGCGUUUCUCGAGGAACAUGUUGGUGUUCGUAUUAUCGUAUACUUUGAAGAAGAUUUCCACACAACGGAGCACGCACCGGAGCAUAUGCCGUCAAUGAACCAACAACGCCAAUAUCAACAACACCAACAUCAGCACCGACAGUCGCAGCAACAGCAGCAACGCCCACAACAAUUGCAGGCACAAGAUUCGUGGGCGGCUGCAAUGGAGCAGCACAUGUCAAGCACGAAAUAUUCGUUCCUCUGA